AUGAGCAUAGGAGACGAGCUUGAUUACCAAUCUCGCUCUACCCAUGGUCGGUAUCUUCGCGGGCCCUCAGAUAUAACUACCGAUGAACCGCUUGUGGGUGACGAUGCUCUACCCACAGUCCACAUUUACAAUUACAAUGAAAAGGAGGAUGCGGAAGAGCUUGUGAAGUAUCAGAUGAUGGUUUAUCGCAGUCUUAAUGCGACCGUUUGCAUGUUCACCACGCAAGAUGUGACAAGAAAGCUGAUGCGAAACAUUGACAGCUACUUGGGUAGCGAGCUGAGCAAGGUCGCCUCGCAAAUUGGGGAUUGGUAAGU